AUGUUUUUUGCACUGCUUCUUAAUACUUUGGCGGCAAAAUGCAAUGAAAGUUCUUUAGAUCCCGGAUUCAUCUGUUGCGAAGACAAUCCAUGCCAAGGUCAUUGCAUUAAAUUAAAUGAUUCAGAUGUAAACAGUGAAAGUAAAUGCAUUACGGAAGCGCAAUAUCAAAUUUGCUAUGCAGGAUACAUAUAUCCUGUAUUUAUGGCAAUUUGUUGCAUUCCAACAAUUAUAUUUUGGAUUUUGUCUUGUUUUUCAAAGACAAAUGUUCCAUCAUGCACUUGGAUUACCAACAUCUUCCUGAAUAUCUGUUUUUGUGCAGUUAUUCAGUCAAUUCCUUGUAUUGUCCUAAUUCCAGGCACUCCAGCUCCAAUGGCAUUUCUUAUCGUAGGACUUGCACUGUUUAUGAGUAUCUAUCCUAUAGCACGAGUAUCUCCAUGCUCAGGAGGCCCAGAAUGCUGCAGCGUCGAUAAUUUCAGUGAUGCAUACAAAGAAAAUUACAUGGCUGACUAUGCUUCAUCCCGUGUAGUGGUUGAUUCAUGCUCAUGCUGUUGUGAAUGCUGCGUUCCAAAGCCAUACGAUCCUUUCAAUCCGAAACAAGAAUUAUGUUGCGGAGUAGAUGAAGAUAAAGCCGAAAAUACCUGCGAUUGCAUUAGAUAUAUUAGAGAAGCACGUUCUUCUCGAGUUACGAAAGAGGAACUUCAAGUUAUCAUUGAUGAAAAUGCAAUUAUUCCUCCUACACCGAAAUCAGCUGGAAUUGCAUUCUUCAGGACUAAAGAAGGAUACCAUGUUGUUCAAAAGGAGUUUGAGCCAAUACAAUACGGUUCUUGGCAAGAAAACAGAGUUCGUGAAAAUAUUUCAAAAGAUAAAAUAAUUUACAAGUGCAAUGCUCGCUACAUAUACAAUGAAAACAUGAGACAAGAGAUAGAACGUGCUAAUGCUGCCGCUCUCGAAAAAGUUAAAGGAGUUUCAACUUAUGAAACUUCUUAUGACCAGUUCGAGUUCAACGGAAUGACAAAAAGAGCUAUUUAUGGCAACAAUUGUGUAUUUGAUGUAUUCUCUACAUGCUGCUAUCGAUUUUUCUACGAGUUUCUUUUCAUGUGCGGAUAUAAUGGAAUUUCUGACUAUUUUUGGAACAGAAAUGCUCAAAGAAUUGUCUUUAAGUCCACAAAAGAGAUCUCAAUGGAUGAUUCUCUUCGUGCUAAGAGCGGAGAAAGAGAUCAAGCUAAUUCAAAUGACAACAUCGAUGAUUCCGCUAAGGAAGAGGAAAUUCACCAGAGCUUGGUCUAA